AUGGCACAGAUAACCCCAGAAACAGCUCUAUACUACACUUUCUAUACUACAUCUGCGGCUCCUCUCGUAGUCGCGCCUGGAUCUCCGCCUUCGGAGAGCGCGCUUGGCCCGGAUACCGCUCUUCAAGAGCUGAAGAAACUGGGAUGCACCUUGGCGACAAAGGAGUGGGUGGACAAUCACUGGAGCCUGAUUCUGUGGAAGCUCUCAGGCAUGGUAUGCCUAGAUCCAGAGCGCGAGCGUGACGGAGAGAAGAGAUGGUGUUGGGGAGAAGUUAUCCGACAGCUCCGUUACCGAUACGAAAAAGAGCUGAAUGGGGGGCAAAGGCCGGCCUUCCGCUUGAUCACGACUCACGACUCACCGUCUGGGUGCCCUAUGGUCGUUUGCGUGUCAAACAUCAUUUGGUCUGAAGGCGGCACCGCAGAAGAUGGUUCCCCGAUAUUGCCGCAUCCGGAGCUUGAGGUAACCGACGGCUGGUACAAGCUACGCGCCGAAGUCGACUCUCCUCUAGCGAGAGCUGUGCACAAGGGCUUCAUACGUGUAGGAUGCAAAUUGGCCGUCACUGGUGCAAAGUUCUCUGGCGGAAAAUCUGAGCCAUGUGAAAUCCUGGAAGCAUACGGUUCGCACCGUUUGAUGUUUUCUGGCAAUAGCUCGCAUCUUGCGCCGUGGCACGCGAAGCUUGGAUUUCAGCCUCAUCCGCCCAUAGCGACACUUAACAGCCUCACUCCGGACGGAGGACUUGUACAACUGUUAGACCUUACUGUGAUUAAGGCAUAUCCCAUCGCCUUUAUUGAGUUCUUUGUGGACGAAAACGGCCGCAAACGGCGCGCGGGUCCACGAAAGGAAGAUGAGGAGGCUCAAGUUCAGGACCAGUGGCAGGUACCGUUCGGGCAACAGAGGCGCAGGGACAGAGAAGAGUCGAAACUCCGCAAAGACGUUCUUGAUAAGCUCGAGGUCUAUGAGACUUGGGCCGAUCGCCUAGAACGCAAAGGGGCAACGAUGCCUGGCCAUAUCGAGGACUUGUUCGAUUUGCUCAAUGAGGGCAAGAGCUUCAGCGACAUGCUGAGAACCUCGAAGCUGGAUGACGCUUACUGGCUAGGCAGGUUUUUGCGCGAACGGAUUGAGAAGGAAAGGGAGACUCUGGUGGAUGAUAUUGAACGUGAUCUGAAGGACAUAUGUCCGCCUCGCGACGUGCGCAGUUUCCGUGUUUUGUUUAUGAAAGACGCGUGCACGUCACGGAAGCCCGCCAACCUAAUCGUGGAGAUCACUGUCUGGGAUGUACUAAACUUGCAGUUUGACGAGGGGAAGAAGCCAGGGCACUUCAAAGAGGGCGAACGAUUCCUUAUUACGAAUCUAUUGCCCUUGCAACAGAGCGCAUGGAUGCACAGAGCUCAGGUAGAUGGACACAUCUACUUGGCUACCCGGCGGGAUUCUAGAUGGACAAAGAAAGGCUAAGUUAUAUGUAAGGACACUCCUGGCUUCCCUGUUGUAAUCGCCGAUGUGUAUGCUGUGAGAUGUGUUAUAAGAGGCCAGAUUACAUUCUGG